CUCCUCCGAAGUGGAGCCGAGGGACAGUACUCGACCCACUCGCUCACCCAGCAAGUGGCUCGAGAGUAUGUCCAAGCACACAGUGAACUGAAUGCCGAGGCGAUUGAAGAUGCAGCGGGUGAAGCUCUGAUCGAGCUAACCGAAUCUCUGCUGGUGGAUGCAUAUCCAUACUUGGAGCAUCUUGAGGAAUUUUCGGCGGUGGUGGCAGCAGAUGGGUAUACCGCGGACAUUCAUCAAGUAGUCGAAUAUCGCAUUGCUCAGAUAGCGGACAAACGCGGGUCCUACACCCAGGCGAUGGAGCUAUAUGAGCAGCAUUUUUCCAAGUGCAUCGAGUUUUACGGUACACGAGAACACCCCUCAGUCGCCAACACGAUCCACUGUAUGGGAAAUGUCGCCAACUCCCAAGGCAACUACGAGAUCGCUAUCAACCACUACCAGGAGGCACUCGACAUCAAGACCAAGGUCUAUGGCACACGAGAACACCCCGAAGUUGCCACCAUAUUACAUGAAUUAGGCACUGUAGUCUCGUUCCAAGGCAACCACAAGGAAGCAUUGAACCACUACCAGCACGCCCUUGACAUCUACACCAGAGUCUAUCGCACUCGUCAGCAUUCUCACAUUGCUUCGACACUCUUCGAACUUGGUGUUGUAGCAAACUACCAAAGCCACUAUGAGGAUGCCGUCAAAUACUAUAGCGAAUCGAUCGAUAUAUAUACCAUAAUCCAUGGCACUAAUGAACGUGCAGAUGUUGCCACAGCUGUUCACAAUCUUGGAAACACCUCACUUGAGAAUGAUUGCACGGAUGAUGCAGCCAAAUAUUACCAAGAGGCGCUCGAGAUUCGUACCAAGCUGUUCAAAACAAGAGAGCAUAUUGAAGUUGCCAAAACUAUCCGUGGUCUGGGUGAAGUCGCUACAAAGCAGGGAAGAUACGACGAGGCUCUAUCUCUGCUCCAGGAGUCACUCACAACUUUUACCAAACUGAAUGGCUCGCGCCAACACUCUACCAUCCCAUUUGUCCUAAUAGCACUCGGAAAUCUCUAUCAAGUUCAAGAUCAACUCGACCAAGCCCUGAAGAUCUACUUCGAAGCCAUCGAUAUCGAGGUCUCGAUAGAGAAAACGCGCGAUACCAUUAACGUUUCCAAGGCUCUCCAUGGAAUCGCUCGCAUUGAAAGAAAGCUCAAGCAAGAUGAUGCAGCACUCGAGCUUAUCCGUGAGGCGAUCGACAUUCUCAAUGGGAUCUUCCCAAAUCACCCGGAGCUCCAAGAAAUGGCCUCAUUGGCACUCGAUAUCGAAAGAGACAUUGCAUCUCAUGAUCGGUCGAGCAUUUGUGUGCUAAUGUAGCUGCUAUGUGUGGGCGGUUUUUCAUCCUGGUUCAUGUCUGACAGCACUGUGGCGUUCCCAAAAUCAAAUGGAACACCCUAUUUUGCGCCAGGGCUGUCGUCCAUUUUGGAUCUUGCAUACAUCGCAUCAAUUGCCGUCACGACCCAAUACAGCACCUUUGAAUUCCGAACCGCUUUGCUGGAAUCCAACUCACUG